AGACUUCAGUCGAAGACAUUACCAGACGACUUCAUUUCUUAACACACCAUAGAGUGCUCAGAAACUCCAGACAUGGCAUCACAAACCAUUGAACUGGCAGCCCUAGGAAGACCUCUGUAUCCUGGUAUGCUGUAUGACUGCCGCAAGGAUUCCUUCAUUCCAGGUGUUACUUUGUGGGAUAAGAAAUCACUGAGGGAAGAUUUGGACAGUCGUCCGCAGCUGAUGACAACUUUGAAUUUCAGUAGUUCUGACUCUUUACUUAGUAAGUCCGAUCUCUUAAAAAUAAGUGCUUCCCUGAAGGCCAGCUUUUGGGGGCUGGUGGAGGUGGGAGGAUCUGCCAAGUUCCUUAAUGACACCAAAUCUUCCAAUCAGCAGUCCAGAGUAACAAUGCAUUACAGCGAAACCUCAAGAUUCGAUCAACUCACUAUGACUCAGCUGGGAAAGAUCACCCACGCUCAGGUAUUCGACCAGAAAACUGCAACUCACGUGAUCACGGCUGUGCUGUACGGAGCUCAUGCCUUCAUGGUGUUUGAGCGUUCAUUUGCAGAAGAUGAAAACAAGCAGGACAUUGAGGGAGAACUGGAUGUCAUGGUGAAAAAGAUCCCUGGAUUUUCCAUUGAGGGAAAAGGAGCUUUAAAAAUGACAGAUGAGGAUAAUAAAAAGGCUGAGACUAUCACCUGCACAUUUCAUGGUGAUGUCCAUCUUGAGCAGAAUCCCACAACGUACUUAGAGGCCCUAGAGGUGUACAAGAACCUCCCCAAUCUGCUGAAGAAAAAUCCACAGAAUGCAGUGCCGAUAAAAGUCUGGCUCUAUCCUCUUUGUCUGCUGGAUACAAAAGCAGCUCGAUUGGAGAGACAAAUCAGCGAUCAUUUGAUUUCCAACACUCAAGAUAUGAUGGAGGGGCUGAAGGAGGUAGAGAGGACAUGCAAUGAUCUGUCCAGAAGAAAAGAGAUGAAUGUUUUCAGUGACGUCAAAAAAAGGCUGCGCUCAUUUCAGGACUCUUUAAGCAUCUACAAGAUAGUGCUUCAGAAAGCUCUGGCCAGGUUCUUGCCUGCCAUUCGUGAAGGAAGUGUGCAGGAACAAUCCCUAGGAGACAUUCUGAUGAUACACAGCAUCCCUUUUAGUGCUGACUUACUUAACCAAUGGUUAUCUGAUGCAAAGUCUGAACUUAAUUUAUUGAAUAAUCCCAGCAAGGCGCUGAAGGAGAUUAACACGGAAGAUUCAGACAGGCUCAACAGCAUCCUUCUUGAUCCUGAUAUUAAAGCCGUAGUGUGCUUGACCUUCACAUCUCUGAAAUAUAAAGACCCAUAUCUUUCAACCCUGGCAGAGUUUGUGAAAUCUGAGAAGUUUACAAAGCUAGAUGAAAAAAUAAACCAGCCUUCUGUGACAUCUGAUGUCAGAAAGUGGUUCCAAGAUCCUGAUGUCAUUGCAAAGAUGAGAGAGAACUUAUCAGUCUUCAAGAAAUUUUCAGAGGCCAGUAAAAUUAACAAGAGUAUUCGUUUCAUUAUUUCUGCCAUCUCCGAUCCCUCCAUUCCAGGCUCCUCCAUCUAUUUGUAUGAAAAUGGGAAGUUGACCGACACAAAGUUUCAGCCCGUGUCCAAGCCACCCACACCAAUAAUAAAGAAUGUCCUGGAGGAAACUGUGUCCCUGGAACUGAAGAAGUCCCCAACUGGAGAAACAGUGAAGUACAGAUUGGAGUACAAGCAGGUAAGCGCAGGUUCUGGAGCUGAGGAGCAGUGGCUUUUCAUAGACACAGCUGAUCAAGACUUCACACUGACUGAAUUGGUACCUGGGAAGCAGUACUUGAUCCGCUACAGGAUAGUGGGUAAAGUGGGAGUGAGUGAAGCCAGUGAUACUGUCAGCCCUACACUCUCUUCAAUCACUGUUCCCAGGACCAGGAAAGACUUCCUACGAUAUUCUCAGCGGCUCUCUCUGGAUCUGAACACAAUAAAUAAACACCUCCUUCUGUCGGAGAACAACCGAGUGAUUACCUGCACUAACACACUCCAGUCGUAUCCCGGACAUCCAGACAGAUUUGAUGACUUCUAUCAGGUGUUUUGUAGAGAGAGUGACUGGACGAUGUUACUGGGAGAUUGAGUGGGGUGGAAAUGAAGGUGUGGAUGUAUCAGUGUCUUAUAAGACCAUCGGCA